AUGAUUCUCCUGCUGACUUUUGGUCUGUUCUGUGUUCCGAGUCUUUUCGGUAAUCCGUCAGGACCCCGGCCUCAAGCAGAGAAUAGAACUGAGCAAGACGCUGGUGCGUAUCCUCUUCUGAACAGUGAACGGCUCCCCUUCGAUCUACCGCCGAUACCCGAGAAUGCGAGAGACGUUCAUGAAGUUCGAAUCGUGGAAUUCAUUCAGAAACCGAUGGUCAAGUCCGAGGAUAACGGCACGGAGAGCGUCGAUUCGAGAGCCGGAGCGACAGGUCCCGUGCUGACUGCGACCGAUGUUCGUCCCCAAGAUUCUAAUCUCGGCGUCCGGGGCUACCACGAGCUCCUUGACAAACUCUGGAUCGCAUCAAAUAUUUCGCGCUCCUGCAUACUGUACAACAAUUUCGACGCUAUCCGGAGCUGUGACUGCAGAGCUUGCAUGCGAGCCGAACCUAAUUUCCGUGAAAAACUCUGCCAGUUCGGAGCGGCUGUGCGGAAUUCCUCCGAACUUGCUGAAUACGUAAAACGAGUGAUGGGUGCUAGUGUACCAACUCCUGCUGAGGUGUUCAUGCAAGAAGAAUACUUCAAGGCCUUGUGCGACGAGACGAAGUGCCCUAACAUGAAGAACGUGUGUUGCAAUCCCGCAUUCAACCCUGGACUGUCCAAGCAAAUCGGUCUAGAGCCACAGGACUUCUAUCAGGUCGAUUCUCGAGGAUGCCCCGUCUGCCAUCCAGUAGUUCCUAUCGGGAUCCAGAUGCCUUCCUUGGACCGGAGCUGCAUCUUGGAGGAAGCUUUUGCUCUGGCUCCUUUGCCGCCUUUGGCGCUCCCGGAGCUACGAUAG